AUGUCCGGCAGUUAUUCAGGUCUCCAAGCACGAGUUAAAGAAAUAAAUAAUUUAAUAUAUUUUGUUCCAUGUGCGGCACAUUCGCUAAAUUUAGUUGGAACGCACGCUGUAGAUAGUUCAAAAGAAGCAGUUAAAUAUUUUGGAUUAAUGCAACAUUUGUUUACGUUUUUUACUAUUUCAACUCAUCGUUGGGAAAUACUCAGUAAUAAUUUGAAACCGGGAACUCAUACGUUGAAACAUCCAUCAUUUACAAGAUGGUCAUCAAGAGAUGCAGCUUGUUUGAGUAUAAAUGAAAAUUGGUCUGAAAUUAUCAAUGCCUUAACAUAUAUAAUGAAUGCUACUACAGAAAAUAAUAUGACUCGAAACGAAUCACAAGGACUAUUAAAUAAACUCCAAUCAUUAGAGACUUGCUUUAUGUCCAUAUUAUGGGGUUUUCUAUUGAACAGAUUAAAUGUAGUUAGUGAGAAGUUACAAAAAGUUGAAAUAGAUUGUGGUCUUGUGGUUGAGCUUUACGAUUCUUUAAUUCAACUUAUUACAAAUACUCAUCAUUUAUUGAAUGAACUUAACAAGAGAAGAGCUGCGUAUCAAAAUUUUUUUUUUCCAUUUGCUUUUAUUGUCAUGCUCGAACGUCUAUCACAUGAUGAUAUUGUUAAAGGAGCUACACAACUUAAUGAAAUAUACUAUGAUGAUAUGGAUUUAAAUGAAUUAAUCAAUGAAUGUUUACAUUUAAAAGCACACAUAAUACAACUGGCUGACGAUAAGCAAAACAAUGUUCCCAAACUUCUUCAAAUUUUACAUGAAAAAAACUUAAUUUCAAUAUAUCCCAACAUCGAAAUAGCACUCAGAAUAUAUACAUCUACUGCGGUGACUAACUGUUCAGCUGAACGUUCUUUUUCUUGCUUGAAAAGAAUAAAAAAUUAUCUCCGAUCAACGAUGUCACAGGAUCGAUUAAAUGCACUUGCUAUACUAAGUAUUGAACAUGAAUUAACUAAUCAGUUAUCAUAUGACGACAUCAUAGAAGACUUUGCGAAAAAAAAAUCAAGACAUGAAGCUACCAUAUCUAUUCAAUCUUUUGAAGAUGAUGUGUUUGAUGCCUUAUGUCCUUCACCUAUAACCUCAUGUGUGCGAUGUGCUGUGCAUACUUUGCAACUAUGUAUUCUAGAUGGGUUUAAAAACGCACCAAUCACCAGUUGCAUAGUUCAAGCAAGAAAGGUGGUGAAAAAAUUGAGAACUCCUAAGUAUGCCACUUGGCUAAAAAGAAAAAACCUCAAAUAUGCUAUAAUAGAUAACGAAACAAGAUGGAACUCUGUCGUUAAUAUGUUAUUCAGAUUAUUAGAGUUGAAAGAGUUUUGUCAAACCCACCAUAGCACUAAUACUGAACUCAAAUUAAAAAAAAGUGAAUGGGAUUCUAUUCAAAGCAUUGUUGAUGCAUUAAUGCCUGUUAAAAUAGCUACUCUUGCUCUUCAAAAGCAGGACAUAAACCUCGGUGACUUCUUUGGAGUAUGGCUUAAAGCAUCACAUGGUCUCCAGUCUAACGGUUCAAUAUUAGCUAAACAAAUUUUGAAAUCUAUGAAACAGCGUGAGGUGCUAUUAUUAAAGAAUCCAAUCUUUUUGGCAGCAAUUUUCCUUGAUCCACGUUACCAAUGCAUGUUAAAUGAAACUGACAAAAAUACUGGAAUUAAUCAUUUAAUUAAAACAUGGAAAUGUAUGAUUCAGAUACAAGAUGUAUGUCAAACUGAUGAUGUCAAUAACUCUGCUAUAGCCAAUGUUAUUGAUUCUCCUGAUAAUACUGCAGAAACAAUUGAUGAUGGAUUUGAAUUAUUUUUGUCAUCACAAACAUCUGUUGCAAGUAAUCGUAGUGAAACAAAUAUCUUAAAUGAUAUAUCCACUAGUUUGCAUAAUUUUAAAAAUGUAGAGCGUCUACAUUAUAAAACAAACAUACUUGCGUUCUGGGAAUCCCAAAAACAUGAUAAGUCUGAUCUUUAUAAGCUAGCAAAUAUUGUUCUUGCCGUACCCGCUACUCAGGUUAGUGUUGAACGGAGUUUUAGUGGAAUAAAGUUUAUAUUAUCUGAUCUACGUACAUCCUUAUCAGCCAAUUUAUUAGAUGCCAUAAUGAUACUACGUUCAAACACAAAAUUUAUGAAAGUUAAUGCUUAAAAACUCAUUUGUAAUUGA